AUGGGAACCAAUAGCGUGCCGGCCACCUUCCUUGGCUUUUUGGGCGAUCGGGUGCCUCCAGGCGACACAACCGAGGCUUGGGAAAUCAGCCAGCUCGGCGGAAAACCAAAGCCCCUGAUGGAGCACCCUUCAAAUGCAGGGGAUGUGGAGCAGAGCUCGAUCUCGUAUGCCAACUGUUCAACCCAUCCUGGAGGUGGAGCGGAGUCGCCCGGCAAAGUGGAAAAAGAUUGUGGGAGAAAGACAGAUAUCCGAGAACCAGCUGGAGCGGGCUGUGGCGAGGCAGCUGCGUCGCCUCGCUGCGUGUCCAUAUUUGACCCCCCGUCAGAGACUGGAAAGGAGAGCACGACCCGACAGAAGGCGUCGGAUGAUUUCUGUCUUUCAAGCGACGAUUGGCUGGACGCUGCCUUCUCAGAAUCCAGCAACUGGGCAAACAGCUGCAGCAGUGGAACGCCACAGGAUGGACGCCGGGACCACGGGAAGUUGGUUGUGGAAGGAUGCGACGUCGGAGACUGCUCCGGAAAGGACAAACGAGCAAGUGUCAUCCUUGCCGGAAGAGAACAUGAGAGUUCUCAGAUUGAUCCGCCUGCCGCUGGCGAUGCCCAUGCGUCACCGAGUCAGCUACGCAGCGGGGACGGCACGAUCAGUACUCACAAUCUCUCCGUGAAUACAGUGGAUUCGGCCGCAGUAGUGGCAUCCUCAGACGUGAGUGGAAAGAGUGCUGACAACACCAAGGACAACCAAGGGUCAUGCGAAGAUGGGACCAGCCGUCCUGUCUCCGGGAAUGAAGGCGCGCCUCUGCUGCCGGCAUUUUUCAUUGAAGUGGACGAAGAGCCCGUGGAGGAAUCAGCUGCCCAGAAACGACUAGACAAACGCGCCCGCGAGUUGUGGAGUGACUAUCAGCGCAGGGACGACGAUAAUAGUUUGGCGCAAGAAGACGAAGCAGAUCGAGCCUUUUUUGGCGGCGGAGCAUUUCAGAAUGAGGAGUACGAGGCCUCCGAGGACAAGGUUCUCGAGGCCUUUCAACGUCGACUGAGCAGAAAUCCACAGCAGAUCAUCCGCUACAGCUUCGGCGGCAAGCCGUUGUGGAUACGCAAGACCUCCGAUGACAUUGCUAUGGGGGAGCCGUCCAGAUGUGAACAGUGUGGAGCAAGAAGGGUGUUUGAAAUGCAGCUCAUGCCUACUCUCAUCCACACAGUUAAACAAAGGUGCCCGGGAAUUGAUAAUACGCUUCUCAAGAACGGCGUUAGCCCGAACUGGGAAGAUUGUGUACGAGACCGUCCGUACCAGAGAGAGUUCCUGGUAGUGCAAGAGGGAAUAUGA